AUGACACCGGAGGAUUUUGAAUUAUUACACGCGGUUGUAGGACCACGGUUAAGAAAAUUUAGUCGUAGACAACCGUUACCAACGAGGCUUCGUUUAGCACUCACUUUAAACUUUCUAGCUAAUGGAGAUAGCACAAGAACAUCUCAAAAUUUUUUUCGAGUAGGACGGUCCACCGUAUAUAAUAUAAUAAAGGAAGUAUGCACUGUAAUUUUUUCGGAACUUUCACCCUGGUAUUUUCGAGAAAGAACAGCGCCGGAAUGGAGAAUUAUUGCUGGAGGUUUUAGAGGAAAGUGGAAUCUUCCCAAUUGCGUAGGAGCUUUGGAUGGAAAAGAGAUCUCCAUAAUUGCACCCCCCCAUUCUGGAAGCCUCUUUUUCAAUUAUAAAAAAUUUUUCAGCAUAAAGCUCCUCGCAAGUUGUGAUGCGUUCUACAGAUUUACUUGGGCUGACGUUGGUGACUACGGUUCUCAAAGCGAUUUGUCAACCUGGCGAAAUACGAAUUUUUAUCAGGCCUUGAGAAACAACCUCAUUGAUUUACCUCCGAGGUGCUCUUUGCCCCGUUCGGCAAUACAGGUGCCUCAUUUCUUUGUGGGAGACGAAAUUUUCACGCAAAGAGAUGAAUACCUCAUGACUCCAAUUCCACGAAGGUACAUCCUCACAGAUGAACAGAGGCACUACAAUUACAGAAUUUCGAGAGCAAGGCAAACAAUUGAGGUAGCCUUUGGCUUAUUAACGUCAAUGUGGCAAAUUUUAAAUCAGCCUUUACGAUUCAGUUUGCAGACAUGCAUGAUAAUUGUGAUGGCAACAAUCUGCCUUCACAAUUUUGUUCUUACAAGAAGACUACGACGUCAAGAAGAAAUGACAUUUCCGGAACCUGGAGUUGCUGAUUCAGAAUCAGACGAGGAGAAUAAUUAUAAUGACGAUCACGAUGACGAUGAUAAUGAACAGGAAAUUCCUAGAAACGUCCACGAUCAAAUAAAUUUAUUGGUGGCAUACCUGAGUUCUAAUGCUGGCAGAAUGCAGCAAUAA